AUGCUGAAGUACCACAUUCCGUGGGAAGGAUGCCUCAACGAGCUAACUUGGGAGCCAUACUAUUACCUCGUCGGCGCCGAGGCAGCGUUGGAGAAGUUCCACAGGAACAACCGCAACAAGCGGAAGCCUGGUCCCUAUCGUCUAUGGCAGUCGCUGUGGCAGUCGCUCGAAGGAGCACGAAAGAUCCUCUUGUAUGCGCUGGCAUUGGUACCCAACAGCAACUUUGACGGUUACUGUUGUGUUGCUGGAGACUCGAAAAGCAAUACAGAGGCCCAUAGUGACGUGACUAAGUACGACGGGCCAUCUAUGAUCAAAUAA